GUCCACGUGUGAAGAGACCAAAUGCAUCACAUCAUGUUUUAAUAUCAGAUGGCUGACUCAUCUCCAUUCAACCCAUUUCCUUUUCGCUUUUUCCCCAAAGUGGGUCCGUCUCUUAUUGCCUCCAUGGCUUCGCUUUUUCUUCCCCCUUUUUUAAACCUAUUUUGAUUACCCAAAAGAGCUAAAUUUGUUUGUCCAUCAGUUUUUUGGACUCAGGAGGCUCAGAAAUGUGCAUCACCAACACAAUCAACAACGAAAACACCCACGAUUCUGUAAUCCAACGCCCAAUUCGUAAAUCCAGAACCAAGACAAGACGACCCAAAUUUCUCAGCCUUCGAUCGGAGCUUAUUUCGCCCAGAAUUUCCCAAAUUUCCCCGAUGACACACGACCCAUCAGCGCCGCCGCCGCAGAAACAGCUUACUCUGUUUCCCCUGCAUCCGGAGAAUUUGGUGGAGGACAGAGAGGAGAACGUGGCGUUGAUGUUCGAGAACGACGUCGUGAGCAGCUGCUGCAGCUUAGGGAGUUUCCUUCCGACUUACCACAACGACAUGUCGUCAGAGGAAGAGUCGCGUAAUUUAGCAGAGGAGGCGGCGCUUGUACGGACGGCGAUGAGGAGUCGGGAGAGGGAAGCAGGGGCAGAGGAGAAGUGGGUUUGUUAUUCGGAGGUAGUGGAGAAGAAGGAGGAGCCGUCAUGGACGGCAGCGGCGGCGGCGGCGGAGGAGGAGGAGGAGGAGGUAGAGGAAGUGACGAGCACGGCGACAAAGAAGAAGAAGAAGAAGAAGAAGGUGGAGAUGAGGGGGAAACAGCUGAGGUUGAAGCUUGAUUACGAGGGGAUUUUGAACGCUUGGUCGGAUAAAGCUCCGCUUUUUAUCAAUGGAGAAUCGCCGCAGACUGUGCCGAAUCUUCACGAUGAUGGGAGUGCUUGGGAGGAGAAUCGGAGAUCAAAAAUGGGGAGCGAAGGAGGAGGGAAUGUGUGGAAAGUGCCGGAGAUUGGAUGGAAGGUGGGUGGCAGAGAGGCAAGUGUCUUGAGAUACAAAGAGAAAAGGCAGAGCAGGCUGUUCUCCAAGCGCAUUCGGUAUCAAGUUAGAAAACUCAAUGCUGAAAAACGUCCAAGAAUGAAGGGUCGCUUUGUGAAAAGAAACUGAGAAGGUUUAGAGACAUUAUUUGGAGAUAAGGGCAUUCAGGGAAAUGUCUUCUCUUUUCUUUAUUUUCCACAAUUUCAAUGUCUUUUUUCCCCCUCUUAAAGAUCAUGUUGCUUUAAGAAAAUAUAAUUAAUGUUAAAUAAAAAUGUUUAUCAAGAAAAA